UUCUGCCUGCCUUGUCUUGCUGUCGAAGAUCAUGUGGUUGCCAUGUUGACCCUAUGAGCCACUGGCAGCAGCUAUAGGCCUAUUUCAAGGCAGAUAUUUGACUUUAAAAUGUCAAAUCAUGUCGACAGUUGUGGUUGUUGUGUAGAAGUAGAACUUCUAAAUGGAAAGCAGCCCUGGUURUCACAACACUGGCCUCCUCCUCACUCUCAAGUUGAAAUGUUUGCUGCAAAAUAGGGCUUUAUACACUUUAUACUUGAAGUUUUUUUAGGUUAUGUUGCAACAAAGCUGAUGUUGGAGGCAGCAGCCAUAUUCUUCAGGAAUGUUCUGUUUGUAAAGCAGAGAUGUCCAAUCCUGCAUGUUUUGCUUGUUUCUCUGUUCCAACACACCUGACUCAGCAAUUAAAUGACCUGUUAAAGUUCUGCAGAWGCCUGUUAAUCACCCAUUCAUUCAAAUCAGGUGUGUCGGACUCGGAGCAGAGAAACCUGAACCAGGUCUGGAAGCCAGAAUGUUUGGUUUCUGUGCUGCUUUUAAAGGGUUUUGCAGCAUCGCCUCUAACUGAACRUUAGGUGGCAGCAGUGAGUCGCUUUUACAUGUUUAUCACCUUUUUAUCCUUGUUUGAGGACAAAGUCCGUUACGCAGCUCUUGUCCAUCUGCAGCCUGAGUCUGUGUGACUUCACACACGUCCCACAUGACAGGAGGUGUUUAAUGUUUGGAUGGUUUUGGAAAUUAUUGGGGGGAAAUUGUCGAUUUGCUUUAUUUUAAUAGAGAUGGAACACUUGCGCUCCUUUGCGCACAGAACUGCUUAACCUUCUGCUCACCCCCAGACACACACAUACACAGUCCGAGGCUGAGUGAAUGAGAGAGGAGGGUGGAGCACGUCUGUCAGCUCUCUGCACUUGAUGCUGCCUCUUGGAGAGGAGAGGAGAGGAGAGGAGAGGAGAGGAGAGGAGAGGAGAGCUGUGCGCACUGCAGACGGAGAAGUUGGGAUGGCUGAAUCUUGGACUGAAACGCUCCUGGCUGUAAGCUGAUCACAGCUCUGGCACCAUGAGUUCUGACAAUGAGAGCUUUAACUCCAACAGGUCAGUGGCGGAGCUGGAACUCUUCUUCAGCAACCUGGAGGACAUCGACGUCACAGCCGACGGGAGUCCGGUCCUGCGGUUCCUCAUCUGCCUGGUUUACUCCGUGGUUUGCGCCGCGGGGCUGGUCGGCAACCUGCUGGUCCUCUUCUUCAUCAGGGUCAAGCAGGAGAGGAGGACGUCGCGCGUGAACUUCUUCGUGCUGAACCUGGCCGUGACGGACCUGCAGUUCGUGCUGACGCUGCCCUUCUGGGCCGUGGACACGGCGCUGGACUUCAGCUGGCCGUUUGGAGACGCCAUGUGUAAGAUCAUCCUGUCGGUCACCGUCAUGAACAUGUACGCCAGCGUCUUCUUCCUCACGGCCAUGAGCGUCACGCGCUACUGGUCGCUGGCCACCGCGCUGAAGAGCGGCACCACGCGCAGGUCCUGCUCGGCCAAAUGGGCGUGCGCGAUCAUCUGGACGCUGGCCACUCUGGCCACCGCGCCCACCUCGAUUUUCUCCACGGUCAGCAACGUGACGGGAGAAAAGCUGUGUCUGCUCAGGUUCCCGGGUGGCCAGUACUGGCUGGCGCUUUACCACAUCCAGAAAAUAGUCGUCGGUUUCGUGUUGCCCAUGUCCACCGUGUCCAUCAGCUACUUCAUGCUGCUGCGCUUCAUCCGCAARCGGAGCAUGAAAACCAGCAACCCCAAGCGGAGAUCCAAGGUCACGAAGUCCAUCACGGUCAUCAUGCUGUCCUUCUUCCUCUGCUGGAUGCCGAACCACGCCAUCACCCUGUGGAGCGUGCUGGUCAAGCUCAACGUCGCCAACUGGGACAGAGCCUAUUACAUCGUCCACACCUACGUGUUCCCGCUGACCGUGUGCCUGGCGCACACCAACAGCUGCUUGAACCCCAUCAUCUACUGCCUCAUGAGGAAGGAGUUCAGGGACAAACUGCGCGGGAUGAUCCGCAGAGGAUGAGUGGGAUUUAAGCAACAACAAAACUUUUAACGAGGCGCGUAAAACAAACCGUAACCAAGGCGCACCGGAUGCGCUCUGCGGAAAGAGGAACUCGUUGUCCCAGCUUCUGCCUUCUGUUUGUGACUCUGCCUGUUUCUAAGAUGAGAUCAGUCCUGCUCGUGUGUUGAAUAAUAAGUAAAAUGACUCCAUUUGUGAUCCAUUCAGUCCGGUGGUCGUGCGUAAAAAGGCGCAUCAGUUGAUGUUUGCACUUGAUCAGGUGUGGUCAUACGUUGUCUCCUCAUGUGAAUGUCUGACUAAAAGUGCAGUAUUAUUAUUAUAUAAAACGGCUCACGAACUGAUCAUUCAUGUGUGAAAAGUUAUUCAACCCAGGAAGACAAAUGUAAGAAAUAAACAUGUAACCAUAGCAGAAACACUGUUUGAACUAAUAAAAUAAAAUAAACCCAGGCUGUCAGCUGGGUCAGUCAAAA